AUGUCGCAGCGCAAUGGAUCGAAGCCGAAACCUCCUCGACGGAAACCCGUGCGGAAGUUCAUCCGGGAGCGCAUCUACCUGUGCCUCUUCCUCAUCGUCCAUGCGGUCUUUGCCGUCUACAUGCGCGUGAGACGGGUAGUGCGUGCGUUAAAGGACCGCAUGUUCGCGCUGACGUAUUACCAUCACCAUACCCCCGAGCUCAUUCGGAGAGACGUUGCGAAGCUGUCGAAGAUUCCCAGGCAUCUGAGCGUGGUGGUGAGCUAUGACCCGCGUGGAAAUGGAGGCGUGGAGUUGGAGCGAUUGCUCAAUCAUGUCGGCGAGUUGAGCGCAUGGUGUGCGAGCGCUGGAAUCGAAACGUUGAGUGUAUACGAAAGGACGGGAAUCCUCAAAACUCACAUACCUACGACACAUGCCCACAUUACCUCUACCCUCCACACCUAUUUCCCUCCGCACACCACCCCAGCCCUCUCCCUCCGCUGUCCGAACCACCCUUCCUUCUCUCCACCGUCCACUCCUCCCUCGCCGUUCUCCCAGACUCCGAACCCCCGCCUUACCGUCAUCCUCCUCUCCGCCGAGGACGGUCGAGACACCAUCGUGGACCUGACCAAGACCCUCACCGAGAUGAGUCAGCGCGGGAAACUCGCCCCGAGCGAUAUCAGCACCGAUCUCGUGGACGCGGAAAUCACCGAAAGCGUCAUGGGCGAACCGGAUUUGGUGGUCUGCUUUGGGGAGCGGAUGAAACUGGAUGGAUUUCCGCCGUGGCAGAUACGGUUAAGUGAGAUAUUCUGCAGUCCAGACAAUUCAUCGGGAGUCGGCUACCAGGUCUUUUUGAGAGCGCUUCAUAAAUUCGGCAAAGCCCAAAUGCGCUUCGGAACUUGA